AUGUCUUCGAAAGCUAUCCGUGAAUACGACGCGAAGCUCUUGCUCGCGUACUGGCUCGAGCGCGCACCCUCCGUCGACCCCUCCGCUAAGCUCGCGACCAAGUUCGUCUUUCCGUCGCCCAAGGUCGCCCAGGUCUCAUGGGACCCAGAGACAAACUCGAUCACGCCCGACACGCAGCUUCCCAGCUGGGUCUUCACCACCAAGCUCGUCGUGAAGCCUGACCAGCUCAUCAAGCGCAGAGGAAAGGCGGGACUCCUUGCGCUUAACAAGACAUGGGAUGAGGCGAAAGAAUGGAUCCAGGCGAGAGCUGGAAAGCCGCAAAAGGUCGAAUCUAUUACAGGCACGCUCAACAACUUCAUCGUCGAGCCAUUCCUCCCCCAUCCAUCCAACACAGAGUACUAUGUCUGCAUCACGUCUGCUCGUGAGGGCGACGCGAUUCUUUUCACUCAUGAGGGCGGUGUCGACAUCGGUGAUGUCGACGCCAAGGCUCUCACCCUCCAGCUGCCCGUGGACGCACCAUUCCCCUCUAGACAAACCAUCGCAGACACGCUCCUCAAGCAUGUACCUGAGGCAAAGAAGGAGACCCUCGUCGACUUCCUCAUCCGUCUCUACUCCGUUUACGUUGACCUGCACUUUGCUUACCUUGAGAUCAACCCGCUCAUCUGCCUUGACGGCGUCAACGGCGGCGAGCCGACCAUCCACUACCUCGACAUGGCCGCAAAGCUCGACCAGACUGCCGAGUCAAUCUGCGGGCCCAAGUGGGCGAUUGCUCGCGAUCUCUCUGUAUAUGAAUCUGGUUCGCAGGCAGUCACGUCAAAGGGCAAAGCUAUCUCUGCUGACCGGGGACCACCAAUGGUUUGGCCCGCUCCUUUUGGCCGUGACCUGACCAAAGAGGAAGCAUAUAUCCAGAAGCUCGACGCUUCGACCGGUGCUUCCCUCAAGCUCACCGUCCUCAAUCCGGAGGGCCGCAUCUGGACGAUGGUCGCUGGCGGUGGUGCAUCCGUCGUGUAUGCCGAUGCUAUCGCCGCCCACGGCUUUGCACACGAGCUCGCGAAUUAUGGCGAAUACUCCGGCGCGCCGACUGAGGGUCAGACGUAUGAAUACGCGAAGACGAUCAUCGACCUCAUCACCCGCGGCAAGCCACGUCCUGACGGCAAGAUCCUCAUCAUUGGCGGUGGUAUCGCGAACUUCACGAACGUCGCCGCGACCUUCAAGGGUAUCAUCCGCGCGCUGAAGGAGUACAAGGCGCCACUCAUUGCACACAAUGUCAAGAUCUACGUCCGCCGCGGGGGUCCGAAUUACCAGGAGGGUCUCAAGGCAAUGCGUCUCCUGGGCGAGUCGCUUGGUGUCCCCAUCAAGGUGUAUGGUCCUGACACGCACAUCACGGCGAUUGUCCCACUCGCGCUUGGCAUUAAGACGAAACCCAAGAACCCCCUCCACUCCGUUGCUCCCACGCCCAUCGCCCCUCCCUCGCCGAAGGCUGAGGCUACGAUUGGUCCUGAGGCAACAGUUGGCAGCAUUGGGCCUGGUGGUGAGCGCACACAGCCUAACGACCAGAUCGUCCGUUUCGACAAGGUCGAGACGAGGACGGGACGUCCACCAUACCGGCCGUUCGAUGAGCAUACACGCGCAUUCGUCUACGGUCUCCAGCCCCGCGCGAUCCAGGGCAUGCUCGACUUCGACUACUCAUGUGGUCGGGAGACGCCUUCCGUCGCCGCGAUGAUCUACCCAUUCGGUGGACACCACAUUCAGAAAUUCUACUGGGGCACGAGGGAGACGCUCCUCCCGGUUUACACGAGUGUUGAGGAGGCAGUGAAGAAGCACCCCGAUGCGGACGUCGUCGUCAACUUUGCAAGCUCGCGCAGCGUGUACUCGAGCACGCUCGAUAUCUUCAACUACCCGCAGAUCAAGAGCAUCGCACUGAUUGCAGAGGGUGUGCCCGAGAGGCAUGCGCGCGAAAUUCUGCACCUUGCGAAGAAGAAGGGCGUCCUGAUCAUCGGCCCUGCGACCGUUGGUGGGAUCAAGCCCGGCUGCUUCAGGAUCGGUAACUCUGGAGGUAUGAUGGACAACAUCAUUGCGUCCAAGCUCUACCGCCCAGGCUCCGUCGGUUACGUCUCCAAGUCAGGUGGUAUGUCGAACGAGUUGAACAACAUAUUGUCGCUUGUCACGAACGGCACGUACGAGGGUAUCGCCAUCGGUGGUGACCGCUACCCCGGCUCGACCUUCAUUGACCACCUCUUGCGCUACGAGCAGGACCCUGACUGCAAGAUGCUCGUCCUCCUCGGUGAGGUCGGCGGUAUCGAGGAAUACCGCGUCAUCGACGCAGUGAAGAAGGGCAUCAUUCGCAAGCCGAUCGUUGCAUGGGCGAUUGGAACCUGCGCGAAGAUGUUCACGACCGAGGUGCAGUUCGGGCACGCGGGCUCGAUGGCGAACUCGGCCUUGGAGACGGCGGACGCGAAGAAUGCAGCGAUGCGCGCGGCGGGCUUCAUCGUCCCGGACACGUUCGAGGACCUGCCGACGGUGCUCAAGGAGACGUACGAGCGGCUUGUCGCGAACGGCACUAUCGUGCCCAAGCCUGAGCGCGAGCCGCCGGUCAUUCCGAUGGACUACAAGUGGGCGCAGGAGCUCGGGCUCAUUCGCAAGCCCGCGGCGUUCAUCUCGACGAUUUCGGACGAGCGCGGCCAGGAGCUGCUGUAUGCAGGGAUGCGCAUCUCGGAUGUGUUCAAGGAGGACAUUGGCCUUGGUGGUGUCGUCAGUCUGCUGUGGUUCAAACGCCGUCUGCCGCCGUGGGCGACCAAGUUCAUCGAGAUGGUUCUCAUGUUGACUGCAGACCACGGCCCUGCCGUCUCUGGUGCCAUGAACACUAUCGUGGCGACGCGCGCGGGCAAGGACCUCAUCUCGUCGCUGGCAUCCGGUCUGCUCACCAUCGGAAGCCGAUUCGGUGGUGCGCUCGACGAGGCUGCGACGAUGUUCUCGAAUGCACGAGAUACCGGAUUGACUCCGCGCGAGUUUGUCGACCAGUGCCGGAAGCAGAACAAACUUAUCAGUGGUAUCGGCCACAAAAUUAAGAGUGUCAACAAUCCUGACCUGCGUGUCGAGAUUGUGAAAGAGUACGUACGCAAGAACUUCCCAAGCCACAGUCUGCUCGACUACGCGCUCGCUGUCGAGAAGGUCACGACGUCCAAGAAGGACACGCUCAUCCUCAACGUUGACGGCUGCAUCGCCGUCUGCUUUGUCGACCUGCUCCGAGACAGCGGCGCCUUCACACCAGAGGAGGCGGACGAGUACAUCAAGAUCGGCACGCUCAAUGGCCUAUUUGUCCUCGGUCGUAGCAUCGGCUUCAUCGGUCACCACCUCGACCAGAAGCGUCUCCGUGCCCCUCUAUACCGUCACCCUGCAGACGACAUCUUCAUCAACAUGGCGGAUCUGUCGCAGCCGCGGGUGCUGGGCAAGAUGCAGUGA